UAAUAGCCGCGGUUUGGUUUGAACACAAAAUAAUAUUAUGUCAGAUAAUAUAGGUAUUACUAUAAAGUUUUAUUUCACAGUGGAUUUCAACUAGUUAGUGGUUUUAACUAGUAUAUAGUUAAUAGUUCUAUGGUUUUUUCUAAUAGUAAAAAGUGACCUAUAAUUUUAAAUAUUAUUGAAAUUGACUAUUUGAAUUGAGUUUCGACAUAACUCAAAUUGUUAUUAUUACUGUUAAUUAUCAAUUCUAAGAUUAAUUUAAAAUGGAACAUAGAUUUUCUACAUAUGAAACUAUUGGUGCAAAAGCAUGCCCUGUUUACAUUAAAUUGAAAUUUCAACAAGUUAAGAGAAGACAAGAAACUUUAGAAAUACAAAAACAAAAACGUGAUCAACAAAUUAAUGAAAGAAGAAAUAUUAAAAAUGAUGCUGAUAAUACUUUUAUGGAAAUUGAUGAAAGAAAAAAUGAAACUGUGGUGCCAAGUAAUGAAGCAUAUGAACUUGCAACUUCUAUGAUGUAUUCAGAAUGGAUGCUUGAAGUACCUGAAGACAUUGAUAGUUGGAUUGCAGUGUUAUGUCCAGAAGGAAAACGAUGUUGUGUUAUUGCUCAAGAUAACAAAACAAAAACAGUUAACAAAUUUGGAACUACACUCAAUUAUUAUUCAUCAUUAUUUCCUUAUGGAUGCCGUGCAUCAUAUAAUUGUCCAUCUCAUCGUAAACGUACUGUUUUAGACUGUGUAUAUAGUUUCAAGUUAAAAAAAUAUUACAUUUUGGACAUCAUUGAGUGGAUGGGUGUGCCAUAUACAGAUUUUGAUGCUGAAUUCAGAUUUUACUUUAUACAAAGUAAACUUAGUGAAAUACCGGGUAUCAAUGAAAAAUCAGCAACAAAUUUUUAUCCAUUUGAACUGGCCCCACGGAUGGUUACUAGAGACUUGUAUCAGCACAUUUUUGAAAAAAGUCAAUUUUUCCACGAUCAUAUUGAUUUAGAUGGUAUUAACUUUUACUAUCCAGAAAGUUUGUACACCCCAGGUGAAUCACCAUUAGUACUUUGGCUGAAACCAUUCAUGAUACCUGAUGUCUUACAAAAACCUGUCAAUGAUCAUUUAGUACAAUUAAAUAGACCGCCCGAUUAUGUUAACAUAUUCGAGUACAGUCAAAGUUUAAAAAAGAAAAAUAGAAGAUUUAAGAAGAAAAAGAAUUGUACUUCUAAUUGUGAUAAAAUGGAAGUAGAAAAUUUGGUUGAGGUAGAAAUGGACAAAGAUCCUAUUAUUGACAACGCAAUUUGUAUGGAAAACUAACAUUGAAAAAUUCCAGCCAAAUUGAUAUGACGUUUUGCAUGUAUAAGAAUUGUUAUUAAUUUAUUAUAGAAAAUAAAAAUAAUAAAGAAACCUAUUUGAUAUUUAAAAAUUGUUUACAUUAUUUUAUUUACAAACCAAAAUAAAUGUAUAAAAUAUAUCCUGUCAUUGAUAAUGAAAUUUGUAUGGAAAACUAACAUUGAUUUUGUCACAAAUUCCAGCCAAUAUAAUGUGAUCUUAUGCAUGUUUAAGAAUUGUUAUUAAUUUAUUAUAUAAAAUAAAUGUAAUAAAGAAAUUACUAUUUGAUGAUUAAAA